GUGCAAACAUCCUUCCCCUCUAUCUCCCUAGCCCUGGGGAUCCCUCCCUCUGCUCCUUCCUGGCAGGGUCUGGGUACGCUCGGUAGGGUGACUGGCCAGGUCCUUGGGGCCGAGACCCGCGGUGGGGGCGCGGCUGGCCGGGGCUCCCUCCCCGCGCCGGGAGCCUAGUGAGCGCGUCCCCGCGGGGGGCUUCGCAGCCCUUACAAGGAGUUUGGUGGCGUUAGGGGCGGCCCCGCCCUCCGGGCUCCACCGGCCCCUCCUCCCCGCCGGGUGGCAGCCAGCUGGGCGCUCUACGCGGGGCCGAGGGCGCGGACGCCGACGGGGCCGGACCCGCGCGCGCCAGGGAAGUCCGCGUCCCGCUCUCCAGGGCCCCGACGGGCGGGCGCGCUGCACUGGGCCCAGCGGCCGCCCACCUGCGUGGCUCUCCAGGGCGUCGCCAUGUCCUCGGUGUUUGGAAAACCCCGCGCGGGCAGCGGGCCGCAGAGCGCGCCCCUCGAGGUCAACCUGGCCAUCCUGGGGCGCCGAGGGGCCGGCAAGUCCGCCCUGACUGUGAAGUUUCUGACCAAGAGGUUUAUCAGCGAAUACGACCCCAACUUGGAGGACACCUACAGCUCCGAGGAGACUGUGGACCACCAGCCCGUCCACCUGAGGGUCAUGGACACUGCAGACCUGGACACCCCCAGGAACUGUGAGCGCUACCUGAACUGGGCCCAUGCCUUCCUGGUGGUGUACAGCGUCGACAGCCGCCAGAGCUUCGAGGGCAGCAGCAGCUACCUGGAGCUGCUCGCCUUGCAUGCAAAGGAGACACAGCGCAGCUUCCCUGCCCUGCUGCUGGGCAACAAGCUGGACAUGGCCCAGUACAGGCAAGUCACCAAGGCAGAGGGCGUGGCCUUGGCAGGCAGGUUUGGGUGCCUGUUUUUCGAGGUCUCUGCCUGUCUGGACUUUGAGCACGUGCAGCACGUCUUCCACGAGGCAGUUCGAGAGGCACGGCGGGAGCUGGAGAAGAGUCCCCUGACCCGGCCCCUCUUCAUCUCCGAGGAUAGGGCCCUGCCCCACCAGGCCCCGCUCACCGCCCGCCAUGGGCUGGCCAGCUGCACCUUCAACACACUCUCCACUGUCAGCCUGAAGGAGAUGCCCACCGUGGCCCAGGCCAAGCUGGUCACCGUGAAGUCAUCCCGGGCCCAGAGCAAGCGCAAGGCACCUACCCUGACCCUCCUGAAGGGCUUCAAGAUCUUCUGAGGACCCCUCCCCAGGAACCCUGGGCUCGGUGGCUGGACAGGCCCUCAGCAGGACAGGGGCUGGCUUCUUACCACCAGCCUUUCCCUCUGAUGGACAGCAGACCCCGCCUCCAGCACCAAGACGUGUCUCUACAUUCAGUUCCCUGUGUGAGCUGGAGUGGCAGGCAGGGAUGCUGCUCUGUUCCCUCCAGGCCUUGCUCUUCAUGGUAACCACCACAUCUGUGGCCCUGGAGGAAAACAGCCACUGCGACAACCCAGAGCCUUGGGGUCAGCCUUAAGUAGGAAGAAAUUGCAGUGCCCAUCCUGCUGCCAUCAGCCUUUCCUGCUCCAGCUGCAGUUGGGCCAGCUGUGGCCCUUCAUGGACGGUCUGGGUGGACAGCUCUGUCAGUGUCGGGCCUAACAGUCUGCAGAAUGAUAGCUCUGGGGUCCUUGUGCCACCUGGUGGACGGGAAAGGCAGGGCGGCUGCAGUUUCAGAGGCCAGAGCCAGGCCCUCCUGUCAUCUGCUGACUUCACAGAAGGCCCAGGCUACAAAUUCCACAGUUUAUCCAAGGAAGGUCUAGUUAAAAUAAUCCAAUGGGCCACCUGGGCGGGGCAAAGGGGUCCCAGGAAGGAGGGUAAAAGGGAGGGGGCUGUCCAAUGUAAGGAACCCCAGAGUUCUUUCACCAGCAGAGUCCCCAUGUUUUCCCACUGUUAUGGACUCUGUCCAUAGAACCUCAGGGCCAGCUCCCUCAAGUUUAAUGAUCAGGCUGAAGAAGAAAGUUGUCACUCCAGUGAGUUACCCAGGGCUCCAGGGAGCCCACAGCAGCAUCAGACCCAUCCAGGGGCUACAGGGCAUGCCCCCUUACAGGUGGAAAAACAGUAUUGCUGUUUGUCUUCUGGUUUGGCAGGACCCAGGACCCUCAGCAAUGGGUCUGAGUGUUCAAAGCGGAUAGCAGAAUACCAUGGCUCAGCCAUGGGAUCAGGACACUCCUUUGGGAUCCCACCAUUGGCAAGGAAAGGCCCUCCGAGGCAGGCAGUGUGGUAGUUAGCUGAUUUUGUUUACCACACACCAAGUCCAAAGGAAGUGUUGCACAGAUUCUUAGCAGAUAAGUAGGGAAAGGAGAGGGCCCUGGUGUGUGGAAGGAUUGGGAAGGGGAUUCUGAGCCUGGAAUCCUGUCCCUUCCUCUCUUAGCAGUCUCAAGACUGCUGUUGGAUUGCAAACAGCGUCUCUGACCCAGUCUUCAGCCUCAUUCUGUAAAUGGAGGAGCUGAGGUCAGAGUGGGCUUGUGAACUGUUCAAGACCACAUGCUUAGAGUCCUAGCCAGGCUUCCUGAUGCACAGGCCAGAUAUAGAUACAGAUUUUGCACUUUUGCUCCAAGCCACUUGUGUGUGUGUGUGUGUGUGUGUGUGUGUGUGUACGUGUGUACCACUGCCAUCUGAACAAACUGCAAUACCACCCGCUCACUUCCAGGACCAUUUUAAUAAAAGAUUUUUUUAA